UUUGUAUGGGAAAAAUGUGCCGUCCCAUUAUAAAAGCCUUCCAUCUGACAUUUUUGUCAUUACUUGGACAAUAUAAUAAACAACAGAAAUAUAUGUGAACACAAACUGCCACCUUUCCCUUUUCACCGGUUAAGAUUUGCAUGGUGUGACAUCACUCCCUCUGGCUGUGGUGUCUUGUCCGUUCGGGUCUAUAUCAGGCAUAUUGAUUCACAGGACCCUGUGGAAUAGCACGAGCGGUGCUGCCUUCGCUCGGACGUCACAUUUAAUAGCCAGAGGUUAUUUAAAGGCAUGUGCUAGCGUCAGCUUUUCAGCAGACAGCAUGUCUCAACAUUCUCUGAUGUCAACGCAGGAGCGGAAAAUGCAGGCGGCUGCCAUUUGUAGAGAGAUCCAUGCCACUGAUGAGCCAGAGAUGGAUCUGGGGAAGAAGGUUAGCGCACCAAGAGAAAUCAUGUUGGAGGAACUCUCCCUGGCAUCAAACAGGGGUUCCCGUCUCUUUAAGAUGCGGCAGAAACGCUCGGAGAAAUAUACCUUUGAAAGCAUUCAGAAUGAGGCCAACACACAACACAGUAACAAUGCCAUUUAUCCCGGACAAGACAUUUUAAGCAAUGUAAAUGAUCUCGGAAAUGACCAGGCACCAAAAACAGUCAACUCCGCUCCUAACCCUGAGAAUAUUGCCCCAGGUUAUGGUGGUCCUUUGAAGGACGUUCCAGCAGAAAAAUUCAACAGCACAGCCAUGCCCAGAUCUUACCAGUCUCCCUGGGAGCAGGCUCUCAUUAACGACCCCUCCCUGGCUGAUACACUGGUCGCCCAAGUGCCCAAACCCGAGCCCAGACAUGAGAUACCUCAAUUCAAGAGCUUCAACAGGGUUGCUAUUCCAUUCGGUGGCUUUGGCAAGGCACCCAAAGUCGCUGUUAAACCUCUUGAUGUGGAUCUGGGCAUUCCAAAACCCAUAACACCUGUAGCUGACCCCGUGAUCAAACGGCCCACCUUCAACAGAACAGCAUCAGGCUGGGUUAAUGACAGCGUACCCUUGAGGCUUCACCUGGAACCCAUAUCCUCCAUGUCUUCCACAUUUGCCCCAGAGUCUGAUGACCUCUGAGUAUUAUCCUUUGUUUUUGUGAGCUUCAUUGUCACUGGAAUACAGGUUGCACUUUUCUCCGAAUGUUUACUAUCAGGGAAAGUUGCAUUAUUGGUAUUGAUAUAUAGAAAAGCAAAAAUGACUCAAGCAUAGGUAAAUACUUUUUUAUUUCCAAAAGGAAAUUCUUUUAAAAAAGUAUGUUUUUCCCAAAUACUUUUCAGGGCUCUGUAGGACUCUAGAGUAAAGCAUGCGUUGCAAAUAUUUUAACAGAUUUGAAGUAUCUGAUUUUUUAUUGAAUUCACCCCAAGGCCGUGAUCCAUUUGCCAAAAUAAGAUUAUUAAAAUGUAGUGUACAUAUACAUGUAUAAAUUGCUGGUGACAUA